UUUAAAAUAUGUUUAAUAAUGGUUGUGUUGUUCAUAUAUUGGCCUUCAAUUAAUUGUGGUGUUACUUUUCUAGGAGAAGAUGAUUUUUCAGAUUCCCUGGAUGCAUGCUGCUCGACAUGGAUGGGAUGUAGAGAAGGACGCCCCAUUAUUUAAAAACUGGGCGGUUCAUACAGGAAAAUACCAUCAUGGUGUAGACAAACCUGACCCUAAGACAUGGAAGGCCAAUUUCCGCUGUGCCAUGAACUCAUUACCCGACAUAGAAGAAGUAAAGGACAAAAGUAUCAAAAAGGGGAGUAAUGCAUACAGGGUGUACAGAAUGCUACCAGCCACUGAAAAACCAAAUAAAAAAGGAAAGAAAUCAAAAGUGGAAAAGGAAGAAACAAGUAAACCAGCCAAGUGGAAAACACCAAGUUUUCCUUUCGAAGAAAAUCAAGUAUUGAUAAACAGUCAUGGUCUCUACACAAACUCCAGUACUGUAGUCAAAGAAGAUGCACAAGUUCACAGCACUGUGGGCAGUCAUAUGGGUGAGUCUUGUACAUACUUGACUAGACCAGAAAAGUCCAUUGUUUAAAUGCCAAGAUUAUCUCCUAUUAAGUUAUUUAUUUCCGUGGCCUUUGAAAAAUAUAUGGCACAGAGCAAGCCAUUUAUUGGAAUUAAGGGGGAUACGCUGGUAUGUGGGCGUUAGCAGGUUAAUUUUAUACCUCAGUAGAGCUAACAACUCUCAUGACUCAUCUGUUUCUGUAUCUCUCGGCAACCAAUGUUGUCUCUCCAACAUGGGUAGCAACGGACACAGUGUUGAUCCACAUGAAAAGAUCAAAGUGAAACCUGCUAACUGCAGAACAGCAUAAAAACUUAAAAGUAUGAGCAGUGGAAGUGGAUUUUCAUGCACCUGUUUUGUAGUAUGAAAGACAUAGCCUUGCAUCUGUGUCAUACCACGCAGUGAAACUACUGACUCAGACAUGCAGCCAGUGUGAAAGUAUAGGACUUUUUCCCAGGGUGGGGGUUGGAGUGGUCAAUUACUAGGGGACACGGGUUCAAGGUGCGAUGGGGACAAGUUUAAAAGAGACCUGCAAGGCAAGUUUUUCAGAGUGGUGAGUGCCUGGAAUGCAUUACCAGAAGAGGUGGUGGAAGCAGACACGAGCAGCAUUCAAGAAGCACUUAGUUGAAUACAUGACUAGGAAGGAAGUAGAUGGAUAUGGAUCCUGUAAGUGAAGACAGUUUUAGUAUGAAAGGGCAAAAUGUGGCGGCGCAGGCUUGGAGGGCUGAAGGGUCUGUUCCUGAGCUGUAUUGUUCUUUGUUCUUUGACAUAAUCUCUGAAAGUUCAGAGUCUCCCUUAUUGUGGUCAUGUUCAAGAGGUUUCUUUUAUGAAAAAAAUGACUAUAAUGCCAAAUAAAAGUGAUGCAGUAGAUGCUAUCAUCUUCACCUUUUGAGCAAUUCUUGAAUGUCAACUCCAAAAUCAGAUGUUAUGUCGCAACUCACAUUCCUGUAGCUCUCUAAUCUUUAUUAUUCAUUUUCUAUUAAGAAUUCUUUUGGAUGUGGCAUUGAGGAAGUUGUUUGGACACAGAAUCAGAUAGCAGGCUCAGCAGCAAUUCCGUUCUAAUUUGAUUUUGACUAAUGCGACUGGUAAUCACUAUUAAUAUGAAUAAACUCCUUAUGCAUCUUCAGCAUGAUGAGCGGAAAUGAUGAAGUACCUCUGAGCUCUUUUACAGUGUCUCACUGGAGAAGCCACAGUACUUGUGGCUGCUAGCCAUUAGAAAUGAGAAGUUUGUCAGAACAUGGGAAAUUAGAUGUGUGUUGCCACCUGAUCUAAAGAUUCACAUCUUGAAAUGCACCCAUUUCACUGUUUUUAGUCGUACUUUAGUGAAAGCUGCAAUUUUAAUUUGAAGAAAAUUCCCUCACCAGCAUAGAAUUAUAAACGUAAGCUUUGGAAGGCCAUGCUAUGGGAUUGGAGUGUACUGGGCAGCGAGGGAGUGGAAGGUCAGGUUGCCUGCUCCACGGUGCUCUAGACAUUGCUUAGAUUGAUCCUAAUGUCUAGUAAAUCUGGAGCAGUAUAUGUAGCAGUGACUGUGACAUUCAUGAUUGAUUCUCCAAUCCACACUCUCGUCAAGCAGGUUGCUCUGUAACAGACAGGAGGUCACUGAGUUCACUGUGAGUUGUGUAAAUAUCUACCUUGUCCCAAUUCUGAAUUGAUCAGGAAACCUAAUUAUCAUAGUUUAAAGCAUGUGCCAGCACAUCAGCUCAAUUGGGAGUGUAAGCACUCCUUUGUUUCUUUUAAAAAAAGUUUCAAAAUUAGUGUAUUGAGGUUUUUGAUUACUGUGGGGCUGCCCUUGUAGAGUGGAUUCAUGGCCUGAGUAUAGAAGGGGAUUGGAAAGUUGGUGAUAUUCUUUGUCAGGAAUAA